AUGUCCUACUACCCAGGUCAAGGAUAUCAUGGAGGAGGAGGCGGCGGCGGUUACGGAUACGCUCCUCCUCCUGGACCUCCUCCUCCCCAGCAAGAAUACGGCGGUUAUUCUGGAGGCCAUCCUGGAGGUCAGAGAUAUCCUCCUCCGUCAUAUCCUCCUCCUCCCGGCCUCGACGCAUACGGCUAUCGUCUCCCACAAGGCCAGCACCACUAUGCUGAGCACGCUCGAGCCGGCCCACCUCCUCCAUCUACGCCCCAACAGUUCGGUCACGGAGCCCCCGAAGGUUAUACUUUCCAAUAUUCCAACUGUACCGGUCGUCGCAAGGCUCUUCUGAUUGGCAUCAACUACUUCAAUCAGGAGGGAGAGCUUCGAGGUUGUAUUAACGAUGUCCACAACGUAUCAGCUUUCCUUGUUGAGCGAUAUGGCUACAAGAGAGAGGACAUGGUCAUUCUGACCGAUGAUCAAUCCAACCCAGCCAUGAUUCCUACCCGCGAAAACAUGAUUCGCGCCAUGGGCUGGCUUGUGUCAAACGCUCAGCCAAACGAUGCCCUGUUCCUCCAUUACUCUGGUCAUGGUGGUCAGGUCGAAGACUUGGAUGGCGAUGAAGAUGACGGAUACGACGAGUGCAUUUACCCCGUUGACCACACCGAAGCUGGUCCCAUCAUUGAUGAUGAGAUUCAUUUCCGUGUCGUGAAGCCCCUGGUGCAGGGUGUGCGUCUCACUGCCAUUUUUGACUCGUGCCAUUCAGCCACGGUCAUGGAUCUCCCAUACGUCUACUCAACAAAGGGUGUUCUCAAAGAACCCAACCUAGCCAAGGAAGCUGCAUCAGGCCUCUUCGACGCCUUUAGAGCAUACUCUAGUGGAGAUCUUGCGGGCGCCGCUGGCUCUGUUUUCGGCUUGGCGAAGACCGCCUUCCGAGGUGACGAUGCGUUCGAGAAGACCAAGGACACACGAACAUCGCCUGCCGAUGUUAUCAUGUGGUCAGGAAGCAAGGAUGACCAGACAUCAGCGGACGCCACGAUUAAUGCUCAGGCGACAGGCGCCAUGUCGUGGGCAUUCAUUUCAGCAAUCAAAGCAAAUCCUAAGCAGAGCUACGUCGAAUUGCUCAACAGUGUUCGCGACAUUCUGGAGACGAAGUAUACCCAGAAGCCACAACUGUCGAGUAGCCAUCCGAUCGACACCGACCUUCUGUUUAUUAUGUGA